UCUAUAGAAUCUGUUUGUAAGUUGUGCGCAGCUGAUGAUUUUCCCUCUGGUCUCGUCACACACAAUAUUCUCUUUGGAGAGGCAGUGGGAUGUGACAGUGAAUCAGCGAAAAGAUGAUUCAAAGACAAACCAAGAAGUUCUCAGUUGGAUGCCACAUAAAUGAUUGAAAUUGAGGAACUAUGAGCCAUAAAGCGUGACUGCUUCAGUUUGGCCUCUGGAGUCAGACAGGAAGAGCUGCUGGAGAGACGAUCACGGCGUAGCUGGAGGGGAAAUCUUCAAAAACCUUCUAUACUUCAACUGCACAUGACCCAUCUGUCCUAUGGAUAUUUGUAUUUCUGCUGUGCGCACGGAGCUUUAAACCUUGGCCGAUCUCUGACCUGACCUUUGACCUCUAAGUGAACUCUCCAGGAAAACACCUCUCCAGAUCCACAGAAUGUUCUGGAAGCUGGCAAUACCUAUCAUCCUGGCAUGGACCCUUUCUGUAUCAACGGAAACCAAGAAGCCACGCCCCCAGGGAUCCAUCCCGUCCCCGUACAAGCCUAAGGGCAACCAUGUAUCAUCGCCAUCUCUGUCAUUGAUGCCCCAGCAUACAUCCUCACGACGGCAGAAGGGUAAACACGACAUGCUGUCAUCGAGUCGCGAAGCCCUGGUGGUCACCGAGCGGAAGUACCUGAAGAGCGACUGGUGCAAAACGCAGCCGUUACGUCAAACGGUGAGCCUGGAGGGCUGCGUUAGCCGAACCGUUAUCAACCGCUUUUGCUACGGCCAGUGCAACUCUUUCUACAUCCCACGUCACCUGACGUCUCAAUCCUCAUCGCAUCGAAGACGAAAAACGUCACCCGACCACAACAAUUCAUUUCAGUCUUGCGCUUUCUGCCAGCCGAGCCGUAUAACCACGGUUACGGUACGGCUUCACUGUCCUGGCCUACAGCCUCCAUACAGACAGCGAAAAGUACAGCGCAUUAAGCAAUGCAAGUGUGUGUCUGUUAACGUCAAUGCGGCGCAUUGAGCCAAGUUGCUCAGAAAAGUUCCCACGUGACACGGAUAUGGUCCGACAAAGAUUUUACUGAAACAGUAUCUUAUUUGACUGGAAAAGCAGUAAAAAUCAGGGCAUUCAGUCAGUUUGUGAAAUAUAUGCCAAAGACAACAAAAUCACGAGGACAUGGCUACUUUUAAUACGUCGGGACUUUAUCACAGCAUGCUAACCGGAAUGCUGAAUUGCUGCCGAGGAGCGCUGGAAACAGAGCUGGAUAUUUGAUUCAUUUUAUACACGCAGAACAUUUAGAAAAGCCAAUUAAAAACUGAACUGUUUGAAACUGUAUCAAAAAUAUUAGAAUGAAACUGUAUUUUUAUUUGAAAUGGAUGCAUAUUGAUGUUUUAUUCCAUUAGCUCAUGUUUGACCUUUGACCUAUUAUCAUAGCAUUUGUCCCCUCUGAGGUUUUAUCUCAGUAUUCUGCUAUAUAUCGCAGUACUGCUGGUUCCCCAUUUGUACCUGAGAGCAGUAAAAAUGGUUUAUCUACCAUCUAUCGUGUCAUCUCUAUCCAGCUUUUGUAUUUGAUUCUUAACGGAGGACUUGAUAAGAUGAAUGGAUGACUGUGGACAUUAUCAACAAGAAGGGGUUCACUAUAUUUUUACUAGCUACAGGCAGGGGGGCUAAACAAUGUUUUGACUCACUUCUAUAGAAAUGUUUUAUUUCAUCCAAUAGAAAUGUGGAUUGAAGUUUGACCAAUCAAGUUGUAGUCGUUUGGUUUUUAUGAUGAUUCAUAAUGUAAACGAGAUUUGUUAUUUGUAAAAUAUUUACCAUAAGUCACACAAACAGACACAUUAUUGUAAUGACAAUAUUUAACAAAAUAGCCACAUUGUGUAGAUAAUGGAUUUUAUAUGACAAAUCAACCAUAGAAAAAGUAUAAAUAUAUAGUGAAAUAUAUAAUGAAAUCUUUUAAAAAUAAAAAUCGUUUAUUUCAUAUUACACUAUGUUUCAUUUUCAUUGUUUUUCAUGUGAGCAGGAAGUGAUACUGUAUUAUUCACACUUUGACUGCUGUACUGCAAUUUUUUUAUUUACUGUAACUAUAUUAAGAUUACUGCAACAGUAACAAAGAAAUAACCACAGAGAUCUGUAAUAAAAUAUAAAGCCUUUGGCUUCCAUAAUUGAAAAUACAUUUAUCUUAACUAUACACUUUAUUACACUGGUAACUAUUGACAGCUGCUGUAAACAUAAUUCAAUUCAGAUUGUGUCAUUUUAUAAAACAAAACUAUUUCAGAAUGUUUGCAUACAUUGUGCAACAAUCAUUACAAUAAACAAAUAAAACAUAAAACAGUUAUGACUAGUUAUGAGUUAAGAUGAACUAGUUGAAUAAAUGUGACCUUGGACCACAAACCCAGUCAUAAUUGAGAUUUAUACAUCACCUGAAAGCUGAAUAAAUAAGCUUUAUAUUGAUGUAUGGUAUGUUAAAAUAGGAUAAUAUUUGGGCAGGAUACAACAAUUAGAAAAUCUGGAAUCCUAGGGUAAAAAACGCCUUUAAAUUUCUCCAAAUUAAAGGAUAAUUCCGGUAUUUAACACUUUGUGUCUCAUUUCUGGUUUGUUUUGGAUGAACUACAGUGAUGGACACAGAAAUUUUGACAAUGGGUCGUGUCUUGACUUUUUGA